GAUUGACGGCCAGUGUUCCUCUUCCCAUUGAAAAGCUUUCAUAUCAGCCAGACUAUUCUCCUUUUCAUAGCAUCCAACUGCAUUCAAGAUGUCUGACGAACAAACCUUCAUUGCCGUCAAGCCAGAUGGCGUCCAGCGCGGACUUGUUGGAGACAUCAUGUCCCGAUUCGAGAAGCGAGGAUACAAAUUGGUAGCCUUGAAGAUGGUCUCUCCUUCCAAGGAACAUCUUGAGAAGCACUACGAAGAUCUCUCCUCGAAGCCGUUCUUCAAGGGUCUCGUUACAUACAUGCUGAGCGGUCCCAUCGUGGCUAUGGUCUGGGAAGGCCGUGAUGCUUGCAAGACUGGCCGCUCCAUCCUCGGUGCCACCAACCCUCUUGCCUCUGCCCCCGGCACUAUCCGUGGUGACUAUGCCAUCGACGUCGGCCGCAAUGUCUGCCACGGCUCUGACGGCGUUGAGAGCGCAAAGAAAGAAAUUGCUUUGUGGUUCAAGCCGGAGGAGGUCCAGAGCUGGAAGUCUGCUCAAUUCGACUGGAUCUACGAGAAGCCAUAGAUGGUCCACAAUAACAUGACCGGGAAGAAUCGACCUGCGGCUAGCAUACGUGCCUUCUGCUCCGUCAGCCAUCGCCACAUCCAGACGCAUGAAAUAGCGGAUAGAUUAACACAAUGAUGAUGAUGAUGAUGACGACCUGCGCCCAUUCAUUUAGCCCCAGGCUUUGGUGAGUCCGGGGACCACCUUAGCCGUAUCAAAGGCACCUCUCAGGUUUUGUUUCUUCGAAACAACGAUCUUGUAGCAUUUCCAAUUGGAAUGACGGCGAAUCUUGCAAAC